AUGAAGUUGUUGCUGUUGUUGUUGCUGAGCGCCCUGACAGUGACGUGCCGAGUGCUAAAGGCAUCGUCCUUGGUGACGUGUAUGGAGAACUCCCAGCUAUCCGCGUCGUAUUUCUCGGUGGAGUUCAACCCUGAUGACAAGUCGCUCCACUACACGCUGGACUUCACUACAGAGGUGAGCGAUUACAUCAUCGCGGACGUGGACGUCUACGCCUACGGAUUCAAGAUCAUCACGAAGAGAAUCGACACGUGCUCGCUGACAUGGAAGCAGUUCUGUCCUCUUUACCCUGGAAGUGUUGAGGUUGACUCCAUCGAGUACAUUGAUGAUGAGUAUGCAGAUCAAAUCCCAGGUAUCGCCUAUACAGUCCCGGACAUUGAUGCAUUCGCAAGGGUCCUCGUUUCCAAGAGGGACACCGGGGAGCAGAUUGCAUGUAUCCAAGCCUUCUUCACGAACGGUAAGACGGUGUCACAGACCGGUGUUAAAUGGGCCACCGCGGUGAUUGCGGGUAUCGGCCUCUUGACGUCUGCGAUUGCAUCCGUGUACGGUAAUUCCAACGCUGCUUCGCACUUGAGUGCCAACGCUGUGUCGUUGUUCUUGUACUUCCAAAGUGUCGUUGUCAUUUCUAUGAUGGCUGUGGACGCAGUCCCUCCUAUCGCUGCAUCUUGGUCUGAGAACUUGGCGUGGUCCAUGGGGAUCAUCAGAGUUUCCUUUAUGCAAAAGAUAUUCAGAUGGUACAUUCAAUCAACAGGUGGUGAUCCGGACUUGAACCUCACAUCCUCCACUAUCAACAUUCUUGUGCAAAGAUCGUGGGAAUACGCGCAGAAUCUUGUGAAAAGAGCACAACCAGUGGUGCUAUAUGGUAACGCAAACGUUUUGAUCUUUAGAGGUAUUAAGAGAGUUGCAUACCAGGCAGGUAUUGAAAACUCGAGCUUGGUGGUUACCGGGUUUACGUUCUUCAUUCUCUGUGGUUACGUUCUUGUUGGAUUGUUGUUUGUUCUCAAAUACGGAUCCGAAGUUUGUAUCAGAGCAGGUUGGAUGAAAUCCACUAGAUUCUUGGACCUGAGACAAAAUUGGAAAAGGGUGAUGAAAGGUUCACUGGCAAGAUAUAUUCUUAUUGGGUUCACACAGACUAUUUUGCUCUCUCUUUGGGAAUUUACACAGAAUGACUCAGCUGCAGUUAUUGUUCUAGCAGUGUUAUUCUUCAUUAUGGCUGUUGGUUCCUUAAGUUGGGCAAUGCUCAGAGUUCGUUUCUUUGCAAAGCAGUCUAUACAAAAGUUCAAGAAUCCCGCAGCUGUGCUUUAUGGUGAUCAAAAAGUCUUGGAUAAAUAUGGUUUCAUCUACACAAUGUUCACCGCCGAAAAGUACUAUUGGAGCGCUGUCCUUUUGUUCCAUGCUUUCUUUAAGUGUAUGUUCAUUGGACUUGCCCAAUCAUCUGGAAAGACACAGGCUAUGGCGUUUUGGCUUGUUGAUAUGCUCUACUUGGGUUUACUUAUCCAUUUCAGACCAUUCCUCAACACACCAACAAACAUCGUUGCAAUCACUAUCCAAUUGGUCACAACGAUUAACUCUUUCUUGUUUGUGUUUUUCUCAAACUUGUUUGGACAACCUGCUGCUGUUGCAUCCAUCAUGGGAUGGGUCUUCUUCAUUAUGAACGCUGCAUUUUCACUUAUCCUGUUGUUAUUCAUCCUUGUGGUUAGUGCAUUCGUAUUCUUCUCUAAGAACCCUGAUGCCCGUUUCAAGCCAGCGAGGGAUGACAGAACUUCAUUCCAACGUUAUUCUCAACACGUGGGUGCGAAGGGACCUGCUGCAGAGUUAUUGGCUCUUGGUAUAGCUGCCAAGGACCAUAACGAUAACUGGCAAUCAGAGAUUUAUGAAAUGAAUGAGCACAACGAUAGAUCCACAUCCUCAAACAAUGGUUCCACGGAUGACAACGAGGAUAAGACAGUUCCUAUCGCGGCAGAAGAAAAGGAAACCUUUGCUGGGAAGCUUAUGAGAAAACUGAGUAAAGGAAAGGGAUCCAGACGUGAUAACCAGAGACUUGUUAAUCGUGAAAGCUAUAUCUCUAAAGAGAAUGAUGACGAGCACUAUUCCUUUGAUGGUUUUGGAAAUGAAGAAGGACUCGGUCAGAAGGAUUCAUCAGUUUCAAUUGACUACAGUCCAAAUAUCAAUGGCAGCGAUGAGCAGUUCACAAAGACAAAUGACAUUCUCAGCUCGGCAGAUGUAUAUGGUGGUGAUUCUUCUCGCCUCAGACAUUCGAAAACAUUCGGAAUUGAUAAUGAGAGUGUAGAUAACAACUCCUCCAUUUAUGACAACUCAAAGUUCUAG